GUAGCUUGCUGUGCAGUGUGCGUCUGUUUUUCAUUUUCUUUCAUCUUUGGCUUGGCGUCGAUUAGUAAUCAGUAUUAAUUAAUUGUAAGCUAAUAAGAGUUUAUGUCAAUUUUUUUCGUCCAACAAGACAACCUGGACAGACAGUAUUGUGUUGUGAUUGUGAUUUAUGAUUUGAUUUAUGUUAGAUCUUAGAUCUAAGUAUCCAAAUGGGUCAAUAAACUUUCAAACGAAUGAAACGUCAAAGGGUUUUAGUCAUAAUUUUGCAAAUCUAAAGUAACGGGAAUAUUAUAUCCAUGCAAAACAAGACUUUUUAGGCCCACUAUUAAUUACAUUUUGAAGUUUUGAACAUUAUGGAACCAAGUUCUUAUGAAAUUCAGGAGCUCAGGAGUAAAUUUUUUGAGAAGCUAGAAAAUGAGUACGGUAAUACUAAAGCAUAUUUCCAUCCAGCUGACCUAGCACGAGUUAGCAACUCGGACCACUGGCUCAAGAGAUUUCUCGUCCAUCACGACAUGGACAUGAAAGAUGCUCUUACUAUGCUUUGGGAAACUUGUGAUUGGAGGAGAGAGAACAAAGUGAAUGACAUAAAUGAAAACAAUGUGAACAAGGAAUAUCUUGAAGAGGGAAGUUUAUUUCUGAAGAAUCGAGAUAAAGAUGGGAAAAGUUUGCUCAUACUGAAGUGCAAAAAACAUGUAAAAGGCACAAAAGACUUUGAGGAGCUAAAACGAAUGGUCAUUUACUGGUUUGAAAGAGCUGAAAGAAAAGACAGGGGUGAACAAAUCACAGUGUUCUUCGACAUGGCAGAGACUGGACUGAACAACAUUGAGAUGGAGUAUAUCAAAUAUCUAAUAAGUUUAUUCAAGCAUUACUAUCCAGACUUUUUGAACUACAUCCUGAUCUUUGAAAUACCCUGGAUACUAAACGCCACUUUUAAAAUCAUAAAGGGUUGGUUACCGACAAAAGCUGUCCAGAAAAUCAAAUUUGUGUCUAAGAACACAUUGAAAGAUUAUGUUGAAGCGGACCAGGCUCUUACAUGUUGGGGUGGACUUGAUGACUACACUUAUAAAUUCAUACCUGAAGUUUUGGACACACCAACAGUACGACUGGAUGAAUACAAGAAAAAAGUUCAUUUUGCAGAUGGAUCCCCCAUGGUUGAAGUUGCUCCAUUUUCAGACAUUGAUCCUGACAAUCCACCAGCAUCGAUGAGUAAACUGCGAGUAAGUCCAGCAGACACUGUUGUCUUCAGCCAGGACGGGGCCGAUCUGACAGGAACCGUCAACCUCAUGAACAUAAGUGACAAGACGUUAACAUACAAGAUAAAGACUACCUCGCCAGACAAGUUCCGGGUGCGGCCGAGCGCUGGAGUGCUUCACCCUAGCAACUCCACCACGGUGUGUGUGGUGCUACAGCCCGGCCACGCGCCGUACUCUCUACUCAAGGACAAGUUCUUGGUCAUGAGCUUCGUACUGGAGGAAGCGCUCACGUCUACAACGGAACUAGCGGAGCUCUGGAAGGCUGCAGAUACCAAGAUUGUGGAUCAGCACAGACUUCGCUGUGCUCUGAGUGGACAAACAACCUCUCCGGCGCAGAACGGAACCGUCUACUCGUCCUUGGCACACGGCCCGCCUGGCGAUAACGAACAAAAAAUAAACCAGCUCCUUAUAGGGCUGAAUCACUUGACCCACUGCUACAACAAGCUAGAGGGAGAUCUCCGAAGUCUGCACAUGUUGACCAUCCUAUUGCUACUGGUUGUGGCGGGGGCACUCAUGUACAUCAUAUACAAGCUGCCGCAAGUCUCCGACACCCCGCCAUCAACCUGCUACGCUCCCAUACCUCCGCCUACGGACCAAGACGAACUGUGAAACAUAUACCAGCUGUAAUUAUAUUUUUUAUAUUAUUGUGAUAUCGUUAGAAAUCGAAAAACUUUAAUUCUCUAACUACGAGAUGUUCAAAGAAGUAUAGCAAAAAGAAAAUUUUCUAUUUUUAAAACACUCUUUAGUUUUAUGUUUCUUGUGUCAGAGAGGACUCUUCCCAUUAAAAUAGAUCUGUUUCCUCUCAAAAACUAACUUUAAAUCAAACCUUGAUAUUUUAAGGUUAAUCAUUGCUAGUAAGUCUUCUUAAGAAGAACAGUGGUGAAAUUUUAUUAUUAAUUUAUUGUUAAUGUAUACAAAUUUGUUGAUUAUAUAAAUGACGUCUUUAAACUUUGUUUAAGCAUAUUGGUUUAGACCGCUUUCCCAAAAAUCAUCUAAAAAUGGCAAGUGUGUAGGCAAGAAAAAAAAAAUACAACUCCACCAGACUCAAAGAGGCACUUUCAAAGGAGUAAAACAAGAUAUUUUUUACUUUUCUGCCACCUCUUCAUAAUUAAUUCAUUGUCAUUGGCCAACAGAGCCUUUUUAUCUAAUAUAGGCCUACAUACCAGAAUUUCCGUCACAGUUCUGACUCGUCCCUUACACUGGAUGACCCGGGUUUCGCCUCUUGUUGAGCCAUUAUAAAGGACUAGUCAGAGCUGGGACGGAAAUUCUGGUAUGUAUACUAUAAUAUAUUCCUCAAGUAAAAAGUUAAUUUGAAUUCCAAAGUCCCACAAACCACCUUUGAUAAUGAUGAUAUUUUAUUUACAAACUCAAAAAUUCUAAGAGUCUUGGUGGUAUGGGAAUCUCCAAAAGCCCUAGUUCGUGUUUGCUUUCAACCUGAAUUUACUGUUUGAACACUUCUUUGUUAAAGAAAUGAGGUCUUACAUCCAUCAGGAAGUCUGCAACCUUCACAUUUUUAUACUAUUCAUUUUUUACUUGAGAUCUUGUACUUUUCUACUUUCUACCGACAAAUUCAGUAUUCAGUAUUACAUUGCUGUAAGUAUACACCAGUAUUCAAUGUAAUAUAUGAAUCUCUAAAUAAUGGUGGGUAAAUUUAAUUGCAUCACAGUUUGUCUUGUAAGGAUUAUUCAAUAAAGCCUAUUGCAAUAUAAUUAUUAAAAUUACUAAUGAUCGUUAUAAAAGCUAGUGGUUUCUAUGUCUUUGCCAAAAGCAAUUUUGAAAUAUGGUAGUGGUGAAACUCCCAAUGCUCGGCUAUUAUAAAAUUUAAAAAAAUUUAUUAUCAAAUAAAUAUUGAGUAGCCUACCUAGUUAAAUAUUUUAUGACUCUGUAGAGAUAUAGUACAAAGUUUAUCUGUAAAAAUAAAAAUAAUAACAUAUUUAUUGACCGUUGCUUUGUGUGGCUUUCAAAUUCAUACACGAUUAUUUAGAGAUUUUAACGUAUGUAAAUGACUGUUUGAAAUUUUUUUUUUAUAAAAUACCUCUAUGAUACACCUACCUGAGCAUCUUCAUAAAUAGAAAGCUAGAAUUAUUUUGGGAACAACAAGAAGAAGUAUUUACAUAGUUAGGUCAUUAUAUCAAUAGUAGUAUUAUUGACGUAGAUACCAGAGAUCUAUCAAGAUAGUAGUAGUUUUUGUGAAGGACGGAACCGUUAGGUUUUCAGUGUUCAGUUAAUGGUUUCUUGUUUUUUUUUGUUUUUUUCUCCAACGGUCACAAAAGCUGAUUUCCUUUUAAAUCCAUUAUAAACUAAUAUAUUGAUUUAAGUAGGAUCGAACUAAACAGUAAUUGUUUAGAAAGAAUUUAUAAAACUGGAGAAUGGUUUGUAAAAACUGUUGUUACCAGAAAGGAAUAUUUGAAAACAGAAACUAAAAACCAACAUAGUACUGGGUUCUAUGUUAAUGAACACUUCUUAAAAUUUGGAAUAUUGCAAUAUUCUAGCAAUUUUGUUACAAACAAAUCUGUAUAUUUAUAAUAUAAAUUCCUAGUAUGAUUUGUGUUGUAACACUAGGCCUACUUCUAAGGCCUAAGGCCUAAUAUUUAGUGAAUAGUGAUGGAUAUAAGCUUUGGCAAUACAAUGUUACCAUUAUGAUUCCUUACUAUUUGUUAUAGUUUUUUUCUAAAGCUCUCUUUCUAGAUAAAACUUGUUAAGUUUGAAAUUUUUGUUGUUGAAAGCAAGAGUGUUAAAAAUAAUAAAAAAUAAAUCAACGUUAUUGCAUAUAGGUGUUGUAUGCAAGUUAAAAAAAAACAUUUAUGUAUACAAGCACAGGCAAGGGAAAUACAAGUUGAUAAGUUAAUCUUGGCCCUUAUAAAAACUGAGCGAAACGCUGCAGUUUGGAAUCAAGGUAGGCUAAAUAAUGGAGAAGCCUCAAAACAACAGUCAAUAAUAUUCCGAAUUCCUAUGUUUUCAAAUUGAAUUGUUUGUUGCCUGUAGGAGUUAGACAAAAUGUCGUUUAAAUUGAUAUUAGUUUUGACUUUAAACAAUUUUCUCCAAAGGGGUUAAAAUUUAUGCUAACCACUGUCAAGUAAAUAAUACAACUCCUUCAAAUUUAGAAUAGGAUAUUUUGAGACUGUUUUGUGGCGAGACUGUUGUUUUUCAUUUUUGUAUUUCAAUUAGUUUUAGUCUGAACGCUUUCUAUAUAUCAACUUAUUUUUUGUAUAUUAGUUUAAAUGGUAAUGGUAUUUUUAGCAUUACAGAUUAUGGUAACAGCACUAACACAAGACUGUUAUUCUAGUUAACUAAUGCACCAGUGUCCCAAUAACACAAACUAAUUGGAACCGGAACCUGUUUCCUUUUUGAAUUACUAAUUUGAUUGGAUUAGACUGAAAUGCAGUAAGAGCAUAAAAAGAAACUAUCUAUCUUUGUGAUUAAAUUGCCGUAGAAUGCUCUCACGAUCACAACACGGUGAUCAUUCCCUAUUCUUUUGCGAUCAUGGCAACCACGUGAUAAUUUCCUGUAGCACCAUAAUUGCAUUCAGUGAUUGUGGAAAUCUCUGUAAUUGGUUUUUACACAGAGCUUCGAGUUCUUACAGGAAGCAGAUUUUUCAAAUUAGAACGUUUGUGUUAACGAAAAUCGGAACAUCGGGACCCUGGUGUUCUGUCGUUAUUUACUGUACAUAGUUAAAAUUAUUAUUCCCUUACAAUGAGUAUUAUUUAACUAGGUGCACGCUCAUUCUUCCCGUGUGUGGACAAAACGAAGGUAGCCUAGUUAAUACCUUCAAAAGUAGGAUAAGCUGAGUCUACAAAUUGAACAUAAUGUGUGUGUAUUGAUAUUGAAAAAAUGUGUCAGGGAUUUUGUAGAUUGAAAAUGAAUAGAGUAGUAGUGCUUGUUUGUUAUUUAAUUUUGUGGGAGAUAACUUGCCAAUUAGUAAUGUCUGAUUUGAAUUUAACUAAGAGCUAAACAGAUAAAGGGAUGUAGUUUUUAACUGUGAUAUGGGUCAAACAGCUUUUCCUGCAAUGUGUCUAAAAUACAAUUUUUCAACGAUCUUAUAUAAAACAUAACAUUUGUUUGAUUUGCGUUCAAUAUGUAUGUUUCUACUUCAUAUCUUUCAUAGACCACUAAUGUAUUUCAAAUGAAAGCCAAUGUGCUAGUAAGGAAUUUUUUGAAAAGGAGUAGAGUUCAGCUAGUCUUCCUAAGAAAGUUAGGGUUCAGGGACUAAUAGAUACACAAUAAAAGAACACAAAACAUUAA